AUGAAGGAAAGAUAUUUUUCAUAACAUUGCUUAUGGAUACCAAAAAAAGAAUAUUAGUCUUAAGAUCAAAGGCCUGGAAUGAAAGCCAUAAAUUUGUUUAAAUAGAAGUAAAACUUAGAGGUAGAUAAUAUAACUGAGUAAAUUAAGAAAGGAGGAACAAUGUUGAAAUAGGAUUCUAAACAUGCAGAUGUUAUCUGA